CACAACUCUCACUCAACUCAUUAGCCCUCUCACCCGAGCAGCUUUUCGAUUAAAAAGUCAUAGAUUAUUUAAGCCCAAAAAGAUUCGAAACUCAAACCUCCCUCUUUUCUGUUCUUAUCGUCGUCUUCCUUCAAGCUUCACAAGCUUGCCUAAUCAAAAUUCCAUUUCUACGAGACCUUUUAGCUUACCGCGCCACCUCCAAAACGUCCAUCUUCUCCGCCAUGGCAACCACCGCUCACAAUAAUCUCAAUGCCAAACUCGUUUUGUUAGGGGAUAUGGGAGCUGGUAAAUCGAGCCUAGUCUUACGCUUUGUAAAGGGCCAAUUCCUCGAAUUUCAAGAAUCGACGAUCGGAGCGGCGUUUUUCUCGCAAACGGUGUCGGUGAACAAUUCGACGGUGAAGUUCGAGAUCUGGGACACUGCUGGUCAAGAGCGCUACCACAGCUUGGCCCCCAUGUACUACAGGGGCGCUGCUGCUGCUAUUAUUGUCUAUGACAUUACUAGCACGGAUUCAUUUGCACGGGCUAAGAAGUGGGUGCAAGAACUUCAGAAGCAAGGUAAUCCGAACCUCGUUAUGGCGCUUGCUGGAAAUAAAGCUGAUAUGGAAGAUAAGAGGAAUGUGACUGCAGAAGAAGCACGCGUAUAUGCAGAGGAAAAUGGUCUUUUUUUCAUGGAAACCUCUGCUAAAACUGCUAUCAAUGUUAAUGAUAUUUUCUACGAGAUAGCAAGGAGGUUACCAAGAGCUCAACCUGCUCAAACCCCUGCAGGGAUGGUUCUUGUUGACAGACAAGGAGAAGGGUCCCGAGCUGCAACAUGCUGUGCUUAAGAGUGUUGUGAUAUGUUCCUUUGACCUCAGAUGUAUUUGUUUCUUAACCUUGUUUAUGUAUAUUUGUAAGGAAGUUAUAUGAUACCAUUACCUUAUCCUUCAUGUAACACAAUUGAGUGCAUUCCUCAUUCCAAUUGGGGGGGAGUAGUUUCUGUGGAGCAUGUAAAAGAUAUCAUUGAUUUAGAGCAAAAAUUCGAAGGCCUUUCUAAAGGAAGCAUUGUGAUUGAGUAGAAAGUUCCCCUGGAUCAAUCUUUUUGAUUUUCGGUUUUUGUUGGAUGAUUAACUUUGUCACCCUUUAUCUGUUGAAGUAAUAUUCCAGCCUGCAGUUUUAACA